AGUGUUAAAACGAAUAAUUAGGGAAACACGACAGUAAGCAGAGUGGUCAAGCGUGACAUGAGCACUUCUAAAAAAAGCCAUUAAAUCUCAUUUCAUAAAAUAACCAUAAGAUUAUUUCUUUCAUUGUACUACAUAUUGGAUCAGAAAAUUUCAAAUUUAAUCAUCAGUCGAUUCUCAAUUAAUCCUCUGUUUCCCACAACAACAAACAAAAAAAGCUAGAAAUGAAGUUCUAGCUUUACCUUGUUAUGUUCAUUCUCCUCUUGAACGUUUUCGCAACUGCACAAUCUCUGAUUCGAGAUUCUUGCAAGAAAGCUGCAGCGAAAGAUCCGAAACUCAAAUACGAUUUCUGCAUCAAGUCUCUCGAAGAGCAUCCGCAGAGCAAAACCGCAAAAAGUCUCGAAGGAUUGGUCUUUGCAUCGACGAAGAACGCUGUGUCAAAAACGACAAGCUUGAAAGGAAUGGCUAACAAGAUUCUCAAGGAGAAUAAAUAUGAUGUGGAGAGGCCGCUACGCGAUUGCAUCGAGCUUUACACCGGCGCCAUUGAUUCCUUAAACCAAUCUUUAGACACCAUUAAGUCGCGUGAUUACAAUAUCGCCACCAUGCUUAUGAGUGCUGCGAUGGAUGCAACGGGCAACUGCGAAACUGGAUUCACAAAAAGAAAAAAGCCUGUGAAAUCUCCGUUUACGAAAGAGAACGAUGUCUUGUUUCACAUGGUUCUGAUUCCUUUAGCUUUUACAAAUAUGUUGGAUAUGAAAUUACCAAAAAUGUUAUAAAUAACACAUAGAUUAAAAAGGUAACAAUAUU